GAAGGAAAAAGGCAAACCCCCCCCUUAGGGGCAACAACUCCAGAUUUGCUAGGCCUCUUUCCUCCCUCUCCGGGAUUCUCUCAGAUUCCGACGCAAAGGGAGGCGGGCUACGUUUUUGUGAACAUUGGCGCGUGGGAGGCUGGAAACUAGUUAAAGAGUCCUUAAACUUAAGAGGAAUUUAAACUCGGAAAUCGUUAUGUUUGGCAGGCCUUGCUUUGUGUACAUUUGGUGCAGAGCUCCGUAUUGAACCAGCUGCAAGUCAGAAGUUUGCAUACUCCUACGCCCCUUGGGAGUGACUCAUGUAACUACUUCCCCUUUCCUCCCAGCAAUCCGAUGCGUUUUGCAUUGCUUUUACCCAGAGAGCCCCUUUCAUAGCCCCGGACUGCUCUGUCAUGCAGAGAUGGAGUUAUAAAAGAGAGCUGCCGAAGUGGAGCUGUUUUUGUUGUUGUUGUUGUUUAAUAAUAGCAACGCUUCAGAGAAAACCUAGUAUUUUCAUGACAUAGGUUUUUAAAGACGUCUAGCCACUUCUACCACAGAAAGACACUUGUUAGGGACACUGCAAACAAAAAAAAAGUUGUAAACAGAUCUCGGGUAUUUCUGAACCUUGAAAUCCGGUUGGUUUUGCAUCAUGGGUGAGGAAGUGGCGCCAAGGCGGUGCAGGGUGAGGGAAGAGGCUGUAAAUAUGAUGCAAUACCCAUAUCCGCCUAGUAGCAGUAGUUUUGAUCAGUACCUUCCUUCUCCCGGGGUGUUUUCUUUUUAUGAAUGUUGUGAAUGUAUAUAGUAGCAAUUAAUAGUAAAAUCUGAUUUGUUCAUAAGAGACCCUCUUUUGAUAUUUUAUUCCUAGUCUUAACAACUCUUGAUGGUCACACUGCCCCAUUUUAUUUUUAUUUGUUGAUGUGCAGUGCCUACAGUUUAUCCGAUCAUGAUAUUUCAGAAGGCAUGGUUGUUAUCAAGACUGAGAAGGUGGAUGAAAGCUGCAGUAAUGAUGGAGGAAACUGCGAGGCCCAGGAGUCUCAGCCUUCUCCUCUGGCCCUGCUAGCAGCCACAUGCAGCAGGAUUGAAUCUCCCAAUGAGAACUCUGAUGGUUUACAGGGGCAACAGGGAGGCUCAGGUGAACUGGACCUUGCUGCUGCAACUCAAAUCUCCCAAAAUGCAAAUGGCUGGCAAAUAAUUUCCACUGCUUCUGGAGCUUCCGAUUCUCCCAAAGAUCUGGGGAAUAACAGCAAUGAAGAGAACGAUUCAUCAUCCAAAAACCGAGCUGCCACCACUGGGCAGUAUGUGGUUGCUGCCAACCCAAAUAUGCAGAACCAGCAAGUUCUGACAGGGUUAUCAGGGAUGUUGCCUAAUAUUCAGUAUCAGGUGAUUCCCCAGUUUCAAACUGUGGAUGGUCAACAGUUGCAGUUUGCCACUGCUCCCACUCAAGUUAGUGUCCAGCAAGAUGCCUCUGGCCAGCUGCAAAUAAUUCCAGGAACUAACCAGCAGCUCAUUACAAACAGGUCUGGCACAGGCAAUAUCUUGGCUGCCAUGCCAAAUCUUUUGCAGCAGGCCGUCCCCAUUCAGGGAGUAAAUACUCUCUCAGGGCAAACACAAUAUGUCACUAACGUCCCACUGGCUUUGAACGGCAAUAUCACCUUAUUGCCUGUUAACAGCCUUGCUGCCAGUUUGGCCCCCACGUCUCAGUCAGUCACUCUAAGCAAUUCUAGCUCUCCAGAGAAUAACUCUCAACCAGUUUCAAUCAGUUCCUCCAGCGUGGCCGCGACUCAAGCCAGUACUGUCUCUUUUUUCACCAAUGCUAACAACUACAGCACCACUACCACCACAAGUAAUUUGGGCAUCAUGAAUUUUUCUACUAGCGGCAGCGUGGGAACAAAUGUUCAGGUGCAGACACCACAGAGGACGAACAGCAAUCAGAAUGCCGACGCCGUGCAGGUUGCAGGGGUUGCGGUCCAACAAGGACAACAGAAAGAUAUUGAUCAAAACCAACACCAGCACCAACAGCAGAUCCUGGUGCAGCCUCAACUUGUUCAGGGAGGGCAAGGCAGCCAGACCUUUACCCAAGAUGCUCUGCAGAACCUGCAGAUCCAGGCACUCCCCAACACUGGUCCAAUCUUUAUUCGAACGCCCACUGUAGGGCCAAAUGGACAGGUCAGCUGGCAAACUAUUCAACUUCAGAAUCUUCAGGUCCAGAAUCCGCAAGCUCAGACAAUCGCUUUGGCUCCCGUACAGGGGGUGUCCCUGGGGCAAACUGGGAGCACCAGCACAACACUCACACCAAUAGCUUCCGCCUCUCUACCCAGCGGCACAGUCACUGUAAAUGCUGCUCAGCUAUCUUCCGUACCAGGCCUUCAGACCAUCAACCUUGGGGCCCUGGGAUCUGGCAUCCAGGUUCACCAGCUGCAAGGGCUUCCUCUCACCAUAGCCAAUGCCACUGGUGAUCAUAGUACCCACCUUAGCCUCCAUGGUACUACUGGUGAUGGUUUGGCCGAUGAUGGAACAGCUUUGGAAGAAGGGGAAGCUAGUCCGGAUGCCCAGCCACAGCAAGUCCGAAGGAUGCGCAGAGAAGCCUGCACUUGUCCUUAUUGCAAAGACAAUGAUGGGAGGGGCUCUGGGGACCCCGGCAAAAAGAAGCAACACAUCUGCCAUAUCCCAGGCUGUGGGAAAGUGUAUGGAAAGACAUCUCAUCUGCGAGCUCAUCUUCGAUGGCAUACUGGUGAACGGCCAUUUGUUUGCUCAUGGACGUAUUGUGGCAAGCGUUUCACACGCAGUGAUGAGCUACAACGACACAAGCGAACACACACUGGAGAGAAAAAGUUUGCCUGUCCCGAGUGUCCCAAGCGCUUCAUGAGGAGCGAUCAUCUUUCCAAGCACAUCAAGACCCACCAAAACAAGAAGGCAGGCGCACCCAACAGCGUGGCUAUGGACGUCUCUGCCGUCUCCAUCGAUGCAAACGCCUCUACGGAGAGCGCCGGUGGAGCAGCCCCUUCAGCCCUCAUUGCAACCAAUAUGGUGGCCAUGGAAGCCAUCUGCCCAGAAGGCAUCGCACGCCUUGCCAGCAGUGGCAUCAAUGUCAUGCAAGUGGCCGAUCUCCAGUCGAUCAACAUCAGUGGCAAUGGAUUUUGAGGAUCUGUCUGAUAGUGUACAAACGUGGGAUUCUCAAGGUCCAAGAGAUGCCUUUCAGGUGACGGAAGAUGGGGACUCAGCUGCCACAUCUAGCUUUCAGAUACCUUUUCUGUCUCCCGGGAAUAUUGUGUGCAGAAUAGGGUCUGCUUGCUGUAUAGUUCAGCCUGGUGAUGCCUAGAGUGAAUACUUGGGAAAAGGGGAUGGCCCAGAACUGAUUGAUUGAUUAAUUUUGUUUUGCUUUUUCUUCCCCUCCCCCCAUUAGGUCUCUUCACCUUUAUUAGGUACCCCAAAGCCAUCAUGCCUUGGUUCUAAAUGUAUAUGAUCAUUGAAAUACUUUUUAGCAGAAAAAAAAUCUAUAUUAUUAUUGUUAUUAUUAUUGUAAUUAUAUAAAAUUAUAAAAUAUGUUCUUUUGGAUGAAAGAGAUUAAAAAGUGCUGCAACCAAAGUCUUUGGUUGUAGUUCAGAUGCCUUAACUUGGAACUUAUUGAGCUGUUAAACGGCGUUCAGGCUUAUGUUCAGAUGCUAUAUUGCAUUUUAAUUGUAAGUAUAAAAAUAUAAAUUUAGCUUUUCUUGUGCUUAACUUUUAGGUUUCUCUCUCCCCCCCCCCCCAAUGUUCUCUUCCCUUAUUUGAUUAGACUCUCAUACCUAAAAGUUACUUCCUGAUAAUUUCCACUUUUCUCUAUUUGGAGAAAAGAGUGUCUAUUUAAGGUCCCUGUCAUCAUUUUUUUCUACCCAAAGUGAUAGGGUCCAUGACCCACUGUGUGUUCUGAACUUGCAAGGGAAACUGACCCUAAGGAAAGAUGAAGACAUGACAUACAAUUUUAUGUUCCUCGCCUUCCAAAUGCAUGAAUUCAACUUUUGGCCGAAGGGGAAUUCUUUUUAGUUCCUAGCAUGAAGCAGUGAAUCUUCUUUGUUUAAAGUAUUUGUGCUCUAAGAACACCAGGAAUCUUAAGGGUGUGGUGGAGAGAUCUUUAUAUAUGUUAUGGUUCAACUCAAGCCAUUGUACUGUAGCGCAAGUUGGAACUAUAGUAUUGGACUCUGUUGUUCUUUUGUUUAAGAUCUUGACAAAUGCUACAGCCAUGUAGUUAAAGGAGAAAUGUACGUUUGGGUUCUUUUAUCUUGAGAUACUGCAUUGCUGUGAAACACUUAAGGGACUUGCCCAGUUCUUUCCAAAUUGACAAAUGGCCCAAUAUUUGGCUCAGUUGCUGGGUGCUCCAUUGAGAAUAAAUUCUGAAUUGGCUUUUUUUUAUCUCCUAUUUGUAACUUUUUAGCAAUUUAGUGCUUGCUAGCCAGCCUGCUCCCUUUACGAGGUUACAUACAUCCUUAUGAGAACAAUUAUUAUGAGGAAAUUGCAACAAAGGGAACUAAAGUGGUUCAAAUACCACAGAAAUGAAGUGAAGACCAGUGCUUAUGAGAUAAAAAGAGACGGGGAGGAAAAGGGAGGCUUGAAAGUAGUUAAAGAAUCUCUGUUAAGGAACGGAGCCUUAUGACCCUCAACCUCCCAUCCCAGUAAGUCUUCAGACAGUUUAGGCAUCAUUCCUAAAACCUCUUCUGUUUAGUGUGAACCAUUUAGACAUGUCUGUUUAGUACCUUACCAGAUCACUCGGCUGAUCGGUCCUAUGUCCUUUCCCCUCUGCUAAUUAAAAACAAGGUAGCAUGACAGAUUUUUUUUUUUUUACUAAGUAUUGAGGGAAAUCUUCAAUUGUCACAUAGCCUUCAUGAAGCUCCUGCCUCUUGCAUACUUCAGUACUUGUCAUGUGCAAGGUAAAUUGCUAUGUCCCAGAAAGUUCACAAAAGGGUCCAUGAAUUGUUGCUGGGGUAUUUAUAGCUGGCCAUUCUUUGUGGUUUUCCGUUGCUUUGCUCUGAAGUUCUGUCAUCACUUCACUCCUCAGUAGCAUAUAAAACCAGUUUAUUGUUUUUCUCUGCCUUCAAUAUAAAGUGUUGUGUUGGUAACAUUUGGAUGCCCCUCUUGCCAUGUCCUGUUCUAUUUUCCUUUUAUUAUGUUAUCUGGAGCCGUACCAGAAUCAUAUGAGAUAUAUAUAUGAUGAGAUAUAUAUAUGAUGUGAUAUGAUAUAUAUAAUAUGAUAUAUAUACACUCAUAUAUUGCAGUGGUUUAGCAGAGCUGAAUUAUGACAUCACUUUUGUCAGGGACAGGGGAAAAGAUCAUUUUUCCUUCCUCAGGACAACGCUAGAGUUAAGAUUAACCGUCCCCACAAUUGUCCAGGUGUUUGCACCUGCAGAUCCUUGGAGUCCCUUGCCUGGAGUUGGAUAGCGCUUUCCCAGUCUUUUAUUGAGUUUUUAAAAAGAAUAUUCUUGUUUCACAAAUGCUGUUUGUUGAGCUGAGAGAGGAUGGAAACAAGACCAAAAAGCAUGAGCAUUUUAACACAUGUCAAAAAUAAGAAAGCCAUGGUGUAAAUAUUUGACUUCUGUAGUGCUUGUGAAUUGUUUGUACUGAUGAAUUGAUGAUUUUGCUCAAUUUACUUUGGCUGAGGUGAAAUUAUCACUCCUUGCUUAGCCUUUUCCCUUUUUCUCAGUGAUUUCUCUCUUCAUUUUGAUGGAUUGGAAAGGACAGACUUAUACCAGGAAUGUAAGAAACGUACAACAGAUAUAAAGUAACGUACCACCAGGAGGACUGAGUAAGUAGCUGUAACUCAAGCAUUUUUAUUAAGAAAGAAUUUCCUUGUCACAGUAGUAGGGAUUUGUGGUCUUCCAGGUACUGCUGUUAGAUCAGAGGUAAAGCAGAUUGUAUUUCUAAUAUGGUGCAAACUCAAUAUUGCUUCAAAAGCAAGAGAAGGUUUUAGGGUCUUGAAGUUGGAUAUUCCAGAGACUCAAGGAUUGUAAUCAUCUUGAUAGAAGAUGAUUUUUACUAUGAUAGAUUUCAAGUACUGCAAUACUCUUAACUAAAUUAAUUGGAUUAUUAUUUGCCAUAGUGAAGGGAAGCUUGAUGUUCUAGAUAAUUUAGUCCCAUACAGUAUGCAGCAAUAAAUAAACUGCCUCAUACCUCAAGUUGCUGGCUUAUUCCUGCUAUUUUAAACCCCCUGCUUCAAGAAUGUCUUAGUUGCAGUAAUUGUUUUGGGCUGGGGGGUGGGGAGCAGUAUGAUAUCUGUGAUGCCAUAAGUUAUCGUCUGAUUUUCAAAUUUGGGAAAGUAGAAACAUGGUGGCUUUUUUUUUUAAGAAAAAAAAUUAAAAUGCUACAGAACUCAUUGACAUCUUUGUUUACACACACAAACUUACUAUACACACAUACAACAUGUAUAUGCUUAUGAAAGAUUGCAGGAUAGUUCCCACUAUCUGAAUGGAUAGCUGAUUUUUUUUCCCCCUUUAAACUUCUCUAUAAUGCCAGAUUUGUGCUUGUUAAUAGCAUCCAUUCUCAAGUAUCUGUUUUCUUAGCAGAUGUGGUGUUAAUGGAAAUGCUGUUAUGAUCUAAUCAUUUUUUUUCUGCUACAGAAAAUACCAGUAGCAUUUUUUUUCAAGUGCUACAUUUGAAAAAGCCUGUCUAUUCAUAUUUACACACUUUUGCCAAUGAGAAAACGGCAUCCUUUAAAAAAAAAAAAACUUGCACCAGGCAGUUUUGUUAUUUUGGACGUUACUUUCCCACUCAGUUCAAUGUGACUUGUAGAAGGAAUCCAUCUAUAAAUCUGUAAAUGAAACUUUUUAGUUUACAGCUAUUGCUACAAGUCAGGAAGCCAGAAGUAGGGUUUCCAGUUAGUGAUAGAAACCCAAUAAAUCUCUGAAGUAUGAACACCUUAGGAAGGGAAGAUGCUGUUAUAAAUCUCAUUACUUUUGAGGGGGGGGGUGAGCAUUUUUGUUAGUAAUAACCUAAAUCUUAAAAGUAGGCUGGGAGCAUGGAAGAAUUCUGUUUGGGGAAUACUGGGGAUUUUAGGUCCUUUGGUAGAUUGCCGUAUUUAUUUCUCCCUAAGUGGUGUAUCUCAUUGCAGUACCCGGUGACAAUUGCAAUUGUGCCUUUUCGUCAUACGCUUUUUUCUGAGCUUCUGCUAGAAUCAAAGGUAUUCUCUGCAAUGUCCAAAGUAAAUAUAUGCUUGGUAUAUGCCAAAUAUUUAGCAGAGUAUUGAGGAAAGUGGUCUUUACAAAGAUUAUAUUGCAUAGUAGCAUUGAAUUCCUUACGUAUGUGUCCCUCUUUUUUCCCACCCUCCACUCUGACCUAAAAAUGCUCUUUUGGUCUUCAGCCAAGGAGAAAUUUUCAACUCAGGUCAUAUUUUUUUCUUCUUUCGUGUGUAAAUAAUAUUGUCUGAAAUAGGCUCUUAUGUAUACUAUCACUGAACAUAAUAGCAGUUACAGAAAAAUUUACAGAAAAACAUGCAGUAAGUGCCUUUCCUGGAACUCAAAAAAAAAAAAGUUAAAAUCAAAAGUUUUCUAUGGAAAUUAUCAUUGACUUGACCACCUCGUUUGUCUCCUUGACUCCUUCAGUAGCACUGUGUUGAAGUUCGAAUUUUGCAUUCCAUCUAAACUCCUGUUUAGUUUUUAUUUUAUGUGCUGGGGCAUGAAUUGCCACCCGUAUCAUAGCAUCACUUAUAUUUCUCUUCUGUCGCAAAAGAGCUUUGCUUGCAUCAUUUAGUUUUAUCUCUCAAUAAGACAAGAACUCAGAUCUUUAAAGUCUUAACGUAACCAUGACUGUUUAUUAUGUCUGCUUGCAUGCACAAGAGAUGCAUACUACUACCAUUUGAAAUAGUGCCCUGGGAAAAUUUUGAUCUCUCUGUGUGUGAGUAGCCAUGUAGGAAAGUCUUUGGUGCAGGAAGAUCUGGCCUCUACCUUCUGUUUCCCUUUGGAGUGUUUAUCAUUUUAGAUUUUAAGAAAAGAGUUGUCCACACUUUUAAGCGACAGCGCGUCCCCCAUUUGGUCCCACCUUCCCCUCAUUUUCAGUUUUGUUUUAUAACAUUGUCUGCAGUGACCGUUCUUGUGAUCCGGUCAGAAUGAUAGCAUGAUCCUUGGUUAUCUGCUUGGGUUGAGAAUGUCUGUUGCUUCCAAAAGAUGGCCUCUGCUUACAAAGGCACCGUUCAGUUUUACACAUACAAAAGCUAAAAUAACAUUCUUUGCUGUGUGUGUAUGCUCAAAACAAAGCUCAGUUAUUUGUAUGAUCAGCACUAUUGGCAGACUUGAGUUGUGUUUGAAAAAAGAGAGAGAGAGAAAGAGCAUCCCUUUCCGGAGGUUAUUUUUUUUAGGGUGAGGUUUGUUGUCUUAUUGAAUACUUUCCCAUCAUAGAUGGAAGGGCUUCAUGAAUUUUGAAAGUGACUGUCCAGUGAGAGAGGGCAGGGUAGCCAUUAUUUGGAUGUAUGCUGCAUGUGUGAAUGUGUCUCAAUUCCAAGAACGUUAUUAAUUGAAGAUCAUUUAAACAUGUAGUUGCAAGCUGGGUCUGGGAAAAGCUUUCCUGAGCCUCUGUUUAUGUAAACUGGCCUUAACAUAAAAUGUGUACAGAAAAGGAACGCCCCUCUUCCAGAUGGUAAAGCCUGUUUAAUUUUUAUAUUAUCUUAAAAUUACUUGCAAUGCUGUUUUUUGGACUAAAAUGUGCCUUGCCUUUUAUAAACAAGAAUUGUAUAUAGUUAAGCCAAUGCCAUCAGCCUUAAGAGAUCUCUGUAGCAUUUUGUGCCUUUAGCCAGACUUUUCUAUAUUAAAUCUUGUCACAGUCCAGUUUAAAUGGGCCACUAGAGUCCAAUAAUUAAUUUAAUUUUCCUAAUCCACUGGGAAAAAGAUGAGCACUUGCUUUCCCCGUGCUUUGUGAUGGUAGUUGAGCAGGAGGGAAUUUCAGCUCAGAUUCCAUUCAAUAAUGCAUGUACUCUGAUAAUCUUUAACAACAAUUUUACAUUAUCUCCAACAGCUUGUAAUUCUCUUCCAUAGUAACAUCGCUGCCUCUACAUUUGUUCCCAGGAAGUGGGGAGGUGAGAAGUGAUCUAAGGUGGAUGCGUGUUUUUUUUUUUUAAUUUUUGUUUUUCUGGUGCUUAUAGCACAGCUCUGCAGUCACUUAAGCCAACCUGUAACACUGGCAAUAAAAUAAUUUUGUCUAUUCUAUGUAAAAGACUGUUUGUUUUAUCUUGUAAUAAUGUAUAUGCUUUUUUUAAAAAAAAAUCCAAUUACCUAUGUAAUGAUGUCUGAAACACUUUUAAAAAGUGCUAUUUUUGUACAAAGAUUAAAAUAGUUUGCCUCCUUUGUAUACUGAUUACAUUUUUUAAAUGAAAGGAAUAAACAAGUAUCUACAGAGUUUGUAUUUAA